AUGGCACAUAUGCAAAAAAAAGUUGUGGAUUUUAUUUCCAAAAAACCUUCGGAUAGGAAGGAUGUUAUCAUACCGAUAUUUCUACCCUGGCUGAGGAAGAAAAGCAACCUCCUUCAGGAUAUGGACAAAGAUGUCCUUACUGACGUCAUGAGGAACUGUGCAUAUCAAAAGGCAAAUCGUGAUGACGUCAUCAUCACUCAAGGGGAGCAAGGAGACAGUUUUUACAUCAUGUUGACGGGCAGAACCUCCGUAUAUAUCACUCCGAUCAAAGUUGAAGACGACCAGCAAGAUACAACGGCGGUCAGUCAGGAACAACAAGAAAACGACGACACGAAAAAGGAUAUUGAUGAAAGUUCACAGGAAGAAGAGGAAACAGACGAAACUGAACCAUUAGAUCGAUCGAAAUUUGGAAAAUUCAUCAUGCACUAUGAAGGUGGAAAGAGUUUUGGAGAAGUCGCUUUGAUGAGUGAAGAUUCCGUGAGGAAUGCUACGAUUAUAGCAGACGAGGAGACGGAUCUGUUGGUUAUCAGCCGAGAACUCUUCAAUCGAUCAAUCAAGGCGAAACAGGAAGAAGAAUAUGAGGAAAAGAAGGACUUUAUCAACAAAAGUCCAUUUUUCCAUAAUUGGUCACCAAAGUUCAAACGUCUUCUGGAAAUGAGUAUAAGGAAAGAGCAGUAUCCUUUUGGUAGUACCAUUGUGAGACAGGGAGAAGCGGCAUGUGGACUGGUGUUUCUGUUAAGUGGUCAAGCAAAGGUGACAGUGAACCCAUCUCAUCACAACGGCCAGUUCCCAUUACUGACGAAACAGGAAAUAAAUCCGAUUGCCAAGGAAAUAGGAAGAAAUUCAUACAACAAAAUAGUGAAGAAGCGAGAACGUAACUUUACUCAGCAUCAGAUACAGAUCCGUCGGAAGGAGGGUUACGCGGCGGCAGAGAAGAGAGUCAUGAGUCGUACAGUGGAGCUUUGUUGUAUUGAAUCUAACGAUGUCGUAGGAGAUAUCGAGAUGGUGAUGGAGCUAGAGAGAAGUACAUGUACUGUACAUUGUACUGAGAACACAACAGCGAUGGUGCUAGACACAAAGAACUAUGACAGGUUGAUAGCCAAGAAAAACAUGCACACCAUUAGAAAACUGUGCAAGUCUGCUCUCCAGAAGGUUCUUUGUAGAGCUAAUUCAGGAAAAGGAUCUCAAGUACCACUGCUAGAUAUACUCCAAAAAAAGUUACAGGAAAAACUGCCACCAAAGGACAACAACCUAAAACCUAAAACUGAUCGAUCUAAGUCAGUAGUGAUGGAGCAGCUGAUUCAGUUCUUCCUGAAGGACAAAGCUCCUCUCAUUGAGCCGUGUGUACCAAAUGCCUUGUAUUAUCGAAUGAAAUCCGAAAAACGUGCAAAAAUGAUAGAAAUUAACGAAAUGAAAUUGAAGGGACAAGGGAAUAAAGUGGAAAAUAGGUUAUAUGACUAUCGGUCCCGUAGGAAGGUGGCACGAAGUAUGAAACAGUUGAAAAGCAUGAGAGCAGAGAAUGAUCUCUUACGGACCAGCCAAUCGGCGUGGGACUAUCCACAAUCUUCUCGCACCAGUUUACGGCCUCGCACCGCACUAGGCAUACACAGGGAAAUCAGUCAUUCUCCCUCUUCUAGACCACAUACCGCUGGAAUAUUCCACCUUACCGAAUGCAACAACGCAGACGAGGAAUCAGUUGUUUCACCUACCAGGGAUGAACCAAGUGUUGCAAUGUCAGAUAUAUUAGAACAGAUUGAUCUCGUACAGAAAGAGAAAACAGAAGUCAGAUCUAAAGUGAUUUGUUCAGCAAUGGCCGUCAGUGAAAUUAACAAAACGAGCAUGAGGAAUGGAGGAAGUUCAUCGAGUGCACUAACAGCCAUGGAACCUUUCGACGAAGAUUACUUUGACUGGGAAACGAGCGAGAGGAACCUAUGUAACUUGGAAGACAGGAUCAAACAGUUUUGCUCUGACGGUGACAGCAGGCCAAGCAAAGUGGCACCACAGGUAGCUGCUCUUAGGAGAUUCAGCAUCCGGGACGAGAAAGAGGAUGAGUCUUCGUUUGAGGUUAAGGUUCCUAAACCUGGAGGAACGGUAUUUAUAAAAUCAAAGCCAUGCCAUCUUCCUCAAAAGGCAAAUAUUCACUCUGACGGGCAUCAGCACGUUCGACGGUUUGUUGUAACACGAGAUGAGACACAAGAUAUUUCCUCUAUGUUGUCAAGACGACCUAAAUCUGCACGGCCUACUCGCAGCAUCAGCCCUCCCUCGCUCAGCGGCAGACGACCUAAAACUGCCAUUGGGGGAAGGACAUCUUUCAGUCGAACUGAAUCCCUUGUACAAAUGGUCGCUUCUUAA